AUGUCGGGUCUUGCUACUCAAAAAGUUCGUCUUCUUCAAGGAUUAAGCGUCCUUGUUUUCUACUGGACUUUAGCCUGUGGUACAUGUUUUGGGUUCGGAGCACUCAUAGUUUAUGUGGUAUUUAAUCGUUUGUUUAUGAUUUGGCCGCUCGGUGUCCUUUACCUGACGUGGGUAUAUUUUGUUGACCGUAAGACCUUUAGCCGUGGGGGUCGAAGAGUGGAGUUCAUUAGAAACAACCCGUUGUUUAAGUAUAUGAGAGAUUAUUUCCCAAUAAGUUUGGUCAAGACCACAGAGCUCGACCCGGCGAGGAACUAUAUAUUUUGUUAUCAUCCACAUGGCGCUCUCUCAGAUGGUCUAGCUAUUGGCUUUGGAUCAGAAGCUUUGCAAUUCAGCGAGAAAUUUCCAGGAAUCGUCCCUCACAUUGGAGUGCAUUCAUGUAAGUAUGGGUAGCAUAUUAGACCAGGGGUGGGUUACUCCCAUAAAUCUCGGAAAGGUCUGUGCCGCCCCUCUCUGAUUGUGGGGAUGGCGUAAGAAGAUGUGAGCAGGAAAAACGGCAAAGGGGUGGGGUAGGGGGUGAGAGCAAGGGGAUGCCUGUAGUACUUUAUAACAAAAGCUUGUUCAGGUCAGCAUGCAAAGAAAGUAGUGUCCGAUAGCCCAGGGCUAGUGGAUUUUGCUAUCGGACUAGUGAAUUCUGUUUUUAACUUGCCUGACGGGUAAGUGAUAUUUUUUGAGGAAUUUGAAUAACAGAAGAACUGUGAAAUCAAUUCUGCUAGUCAAAAAGUUUUUGGGGCUAGUAAAUGCUAGCUUCAGCUUGCCCGAGUGGCAAGCUGUAAAAUUCAUUGUUCUUUGCACCCUGGUUAAGGUAAACCAGAUUCUGCUAUACCAAUUAUGAUUGGUUUAUUUUGACAGCUCUUGUCAACACUCAAAGGUCCAUUACCUUGACUGGAAAUGUGAUGUGAUGGCGAUGAGCUAGAGUUUGUGGUGAAUGUGGAACACUUCAAAAAUUGGAAAAUUCAAAAACUGUUUGUUAGAUUUUUCUUAAGUUGUUUUUAAAAACGAGGCUCCCCACAUUAACUGUAAGCUGUGCAAAUUCACAGGGAAUUAUAAUGACUGGAUUUUGCAUCAACGUAAUAAAUUCAGAAUUUUUGGUUUGUUUUCAAUCAUCCAUGCUGCCAUGGCAAUAAUCAAUAUUUAUGUUUAACCUUAUAAUGUAUUAUAAUGUACUGACACAAUUGAGGUGUUUUUUGCUUCCCGUUCACAGAUAUGGGUUGGUCUCCAAUCUUUCGUGACAUUGUAAUGGGUCUUGGUAUUGUAAGUGUCAGCCAUGAAAGCUGCAAGUUUGUGCUGACUCAGCAGGGUCCUGGACAUUCAGUUGCCAUUGUUGUUGGAGGUUCCCCCGAAGUUCUUACCAUGUUUCCUGGCUCUUAUAUUCUUACUUUGGAAAGACGAAGAGGCUUCAUCAAGCUGGCCUUGGAGACCGGGUAACACUUGUCAUUUUUUUGAUGUGGCAUGAGGAGGGCGAAUUGAAAGGAAUCUGUUCUUGGAGGAACUCUUCCAUGUGAAUAAGAUGGGAUGCUUCGUCUCUUGCUUAGAGGUGUGCAUCACAGAUUUUGGUCUCACUGAACCCUUUAAGCCCCAAGAUCCACAUACAAAUUCUCCAGACUGAUCUCCAUACAUUUCUUUUAAGAUUAGUUGAGAGAAUUUGGUUUAAGAUCAAAGCAUUGUUCGUUUGGUAAUCAAUGUAGUAAUUCUCAUAACCUUUCCCUUGAUGAUCUGCUGAUGUUGUUAGGAGAAAAUUGAUGUUGGUCACUCUUGGGACCAAAAGGGUUAAAGAGUUCAGGACAGUAAACCAAAUUUUUUCCCAUACUGGUGUCACUUGAGAAAACAAACCAAACGCUGUCAAGUGGUGUUGAGAACAGCAUUAAAUUAAUGCUGUUUUCAAUACCAAUUGACAGUGCUUUGAUGUCAACAUCUUUGACACAAUGAAAAUCACUAAAGCUUGGUUGUCCGAUCUGUCUCAGUACAGUCGCCUUUUGGGGUCACAUUUUAAAUGACUGGGCCACACCCAGAUUGAUGUUCUUUUGGGGUGUAAUUCUAUAUUUUCUGAGGAGCAUUCCUGUCAAAUUCACAUGGGAGUUGCCUCCUCUCUGGGGAUUCCCCCAUUUAAGUGGUCUGUUUACCAGGUCUUCCUAAUGCCUAGGGCUUGAAGUUUUGACUGUGACCACUUGACUGUCACUCUUUGUUUAUUUAAGAGAUAUGUGUGUCUUUGGCAGCAACACUUAGGUGAUUCUCUAGUAAAAGAAACUUUAUCUUUAUUGAAUUUUACCCCGGUGACUCAACACGGUGACGAGAUGAAACAGGACUUGUGUCUGAAUUGAUAUCGACCCCUUCAUUACCCACCCAGCAAAUGAAAGGUUGUACAACAUCCUCGGGGUCUACACCCCCUACUCUUUACAAACAGCAGUGUGGGUUCUUUUACAUCUCACAAGAAUCAGAACAGUGCAAGAGCUGUGAGAUGAGGCCUAAGGUUUUUCGUCCUUAUCCAAGAAGACUAGAGUGUCUAACCAUUUGUAGAUGUCACAACAAAGCCAGCACAUUCUCUUCAGUUAUUUUGAGACCUGAGUGCUGGUCCAGCCAGGGUUUGAACCUGUGACCUCCCGCUCAGUAGACUGGUGCUUAUUCAAUUGAGUGAACCGGGCAGCAUAGAUCUUUAAUGACACUUGGUAUACUGUUGUAACAAGUCAAAAAGAUGAUGAAAACACAAUAAAAUGAGGGGUCACUGUGAUCAUUUUCAGAGUACAAUGCUGACUCACCACUGACUCAAAUUCAGCUAUUUUAAUACUCACCUUUUGCAAUCACCUCACACAGCCCAAACUGGACAAAUAAGUCAGGCACGAUUUUUCCAUGAUGCCUUUGAUAUCACAAAGAUUUUAACUUUGUUCUUGGUCCACCCAUUUACCAGAAAAUGCCUUUGAAUACCUUUCUUACUACUUUAUUCUUCAUAGUAGACUAAACUUGAAAAUGCAAUGUUCAACUUGUUACAGCCCAAUACCUUAGCCAUUCAGUUCUUUGAACUGGUGAUAACUAAGAAACUACUUCUUUGAUAUAUUUAAGGUCCCCCUUGGUUCCAGUAUUUGGAUUUGGCCAAAACGACGUGUUUAAUAUUAAAAAGCCUAAAAUCGACUUCCUACUGACUUACAAACCUGGACGUAGCAAGUGGGAAAAGUGGUGUAAAAUUUUCUUGAAGUGUGCCACGCUGGUAAUGUGUGGGCGUUUUGGAGUAAUGCCCUAUCCACAUCCUAUUGCUGUUGUGGGUAAGUUCCAAAUAAUAUUGAAGUUAGAACUUCAGUGUCAGAUCCAAGGGAGGGGCCCAGGGUGCCCGCCCCCCCUUAUUUUUCGACCAAAAUGAGGCCCAAAGGGCCGAAAAACAUUUUUUUGGAGACCGGCCCUCCCCCCCUUAUCUGAGGGUCUGGAUGACCGCUCCCCUCCCCCCUUAUCUGAAGGUCUGGAUCUGCCACUGUACUUGCCCCAUGUUUACGGUACACAGCUAGAGAGAUUAGAGACCCUUAAAAGAUUGAGGUUUGGCCAUUGUAUAGACUUUUUUCAAAGUCCUUCCCAUCUCACCCGUUUGCCUAUACUGGUUUGGGACUUGAGAUUCGCAGGGGGUGUUUUUUUUAAUUAAUCAGCAAAAGAGUUCUAAAAAGUAGUAUUCUUCUCAAACCUGAGAUUGUGAUGUUUGGGGUGCGGAAACCCUUGCUGUAAAUCACUUACCUCUAGAGCGAGGUCUAGCCAUACAAAAGCGAACCUUAAACCGCAAAGCCGACGGCAAGGCCUUGGUCACGAGACCUCUUGACGUUGGCGGUUUGCUGGAAAUGCCGAAAAACCUUGAUCUGAAGCUACUGUAAAACCGGCAACAAAAACGUGCAACUUGUUUUGCAACUUCCUGCAAAACGAGUUGAAUGACGAUGUUGCGUGUUUUACCACCCAUAAAUAAUCAAACCUGUCUUGCAACAAAUCGGGUAGUUGCAAGUUACGUGAAUACUGACUUCGAAUUGGAUAAAAUUACGCGGAAGUCACGCGAUACACGGGAGUUACGUCACUCACUGUAAAGCAAGUUUACCUUGGUCCGGUAAAACGGGCAAUAUGAACAGAUCUUGUUGCAAAAGUAGAACUACUCUCUACUUUCUGCAACAAAUUUUCGCAACCUUCAACAACCUAAAUUGUUGCAAAAAAAGGUUUGAAUGUGGCUAGUAAAGCCUGCAAUAUCGCUAUUCAACUCGUUUUAUACUGUUCAUUACGUCCAAAAAAAUUAGUAGUUUCACGCCAGUUUCAUCCAUAAGAAUUAGUCUGCAUAGUUUUUGUAUGCUCAUUUCACUUGUUGGUUUUGAGAAACUGUCAAAUGGAAUCUGACAUUUGCUAUUAAGAUUCUAAACUUCUCAAAUCAUGAGGUCAUUUCCCCGCCUUUUUUUACGUUAGUUUGUCCUUUUUAACGAGUAGUUAGUUUUAAGUUCAUAAGAAACCCGAGAAAAAACGACAUUUUUAUCAUUUUCGGAUACAGUUUGAAUCGUAUCCUUUUAUCAAUAUGGUGCAGAAACACGAGGAAGACUUGGGUAUGAGUAGAUGACCUGUCCUGUCACUACGAGAACGAGAUUUUCGCAAUACUAGGUGGUGCGCGCGUGUGAACCAGCGUCAUUUGAGAGAAUAAGAGAGAGUGUCGUAGUAGCUGAAAAAAAGUUAUCAAGUGUUGGAAGUUUUAUCAUUAUGCGAUCGGGAGAGCGCUUAACCUCCUUCAAGAAAAAUAACUUUGUUUAAGUACAAUGAAGUUUUCCGGGGUGAUUUUUUUUUCUAAAAAGACGCCAAAAAACAUUAAGUUAAAUCUCGUCUCCGUAAUUGUCCACGUCCUCGAAUCUAAGGGUCUCUAAGUGGCCGACCAUUUAACUCAUGAGGGGGGGUGGGGUGGGUGAUUUUGAAAAAAAAAUUCCUGAAAGCGCUUGUUGCUUAUGGUGAAAAAAGGGAGAAAAAUAUCCUGCCCACCAGAUUGCUAGAAAAAAAAUUCUUGAUGACCAGAAAUCACCCCCCCCCCCCCUUAAGAGUUAAAUGGUCGGCCCCUAAUACUAAGUUGAUAAAACCAAUUGUGUUUAAUUUGUUCUACUCAGCCAUAGACGCUGUGACACAAUUUGUUUAAAAACUUCCUCCCUACUUUGUACUUUCUUAAUCCCAGGUUUCUAACAGGUACCAUCCAUUUAGUACAAAACUAAGUACUGAGUGCAAAAAAAAUAUGUAAAACAGGUCUAAGCCAGCCCCCCUGGUCUAAGCUAACAAUAGAGUAUGUCUGAACCUGAUAGAAAGCCUCCUGAAAGCAGUAUAAAUCUGUAAACAGAGACCUGGAACUUUUCAUACCAAGCAACAGCACACGAAGCACUAUUUAAUGUGUAAAAAUGACCGUGGUGUUGUUGGGAGGGAGGGGCGUGGGGGGGGCAGUGAUUUCAUCACUUUGACUCACAAUGUAUGCAGUUCUCGUUAGAUUUGGGUACGCUCGAAACAUCAGUUUGCAAAUCACUUAAUGGAUCUUAAUGGUAAUAACUCUUUUCUUUACAUCAGAAGUUGGUAAAACGAAAUUUUAAUUCCGCCAGAGAAGCAAAACGUGUUGUAGCAACUGAUUGCAACUCGAGUAGGAAGCCGUCUUUACUAGAGGUCACCUGAGUGCACAUUUGCACAUCUACAAUGAUGGGUUGUACCCUUUGUUGAUUAAACAAUUACAACAAUAAUUAGCAGAAUCAGAUUAGAGUAGUCUUCAUUGUAAUUUGUUUUUGUUGAUUUCGUUUUCAGUUGGAUCUCCUAUCCCAGUGGAGAAAGUGGAAAAUCCAGGCGAGCAACAAAUAAAUAAACUGCACUCGGAGUACAAAGAGAAACUUAUAGAGCUGUUUGAACAACACAGGGAUACAUGCGGUGUGCCAAGAGAGACUGAGCUCAUUAUUCAGUAGUAGUGCGUGGCGAAGUCUUAGUUGAGUGCUUUGCGGCUAGUUAAAUGUCUUGUUAAGCCUACGUUUUAAAAGAGGGUAAUCGUAUCUGAGUGAGCGAUGGGUUAGUGCGUUUUUAGGCUUGGCUGCGCGGAAUUAAGCGAAGAAAACUCGAAAUGGUACUUCAGAGGCAGCUUACAUAAUGUUUUUUAAGGGUAAAAAUGAGAAGGCUAUAGCAUAAUAAGAAAUUAGUCUAUCCAAAGAAAAUCCUGGACUAACGUCAUGUGAUAAACAUCAUCCAUAGGCUUUGCCCAAGGUCCAGUUCACGAGAAAUGUCUAGUUAAAGUAUUGUUGCAGUUAAAAAUCUUACCUACAACUUUAUUGGAUUGUUAUGAAGCCAGACUUGGAAUGUAUUUUCCAGAAAAUAUAAUCACUAUACCUUUGAUCAUUAGCUUUGACCAUUCCUUCAGUGGUAUGUAUUUGAGCUCUUAUAGUUCUUCAGCCAUUCCGAGUUGGUGAAAGAUGGAAUUUUGAAACUUUCAUUUUGUCCAAAUCCAAACACAGCACCCAGAGAUGAUUUAUCAUGAGCAAUAACAUGUUAUCGUUCGAAGGGGCCGCGUCCACACAUAUUUCUGUGAAGCUUCGUAUUAUUUUAAAAGAAUUGUCAAUAAAGUAAAUAGUACCUAUAUUGCUGCUAAGUGUUCCGGCCGCCUCUUUUUGAAAUGAAAUGAAUGAAUGAUUUUCAAGUUAAAUCCUCAGCUCAUCAUCCUAACCAAGACUGGGAGGGUGCCAUCCCUGGUGACGGGGAGUUGGGGGGUGUGGGUAAUUUGUGACAAAACGAGACGCGUAUACUUCCCGUGUAUUGGGCUGCAGUGGUCUGAUAUUUUCUACGCUGACUUUAAAGCUGCUCCUAAACCGAAUAUAAACUAUAGAAAAAACACACGUUUCGGCUUUCAAUGAAUGGAAAAUUCAUGGUAAAAACUUAGGAACCCCCUCCUCACAGAAGUCGGUCCCACUGCAAGGGGAAUAGGACACGUUCUAGGAGAUUCGUCCGCCAUUUUGUCUUUUUUCGACAUAGACACGACUUAUUUUUUGAUUUGGCCACAGACAGCCUAAUAAAAAAUACCAUCAGUUGCAUUAUUUUAUUCCAGAGAGGGCAUAGACGAAUAUGUGCCGCUGAGCAGGGUAUAUUUGUCAGGUCUUGAGUCUUAUUGUCAAAUUGGCCGUAUUUAUACUAGAGGACGUCUAAGACGUCUGAGACGCUUAUUCCUGCUAUCCCAAACCCACGCCCACAUCGCUAGAAAUCCCAGUCCGGAUUUUUCUGAUUUCCGGCACCUGGAAAUGUCGUUUCCGUAAUUAAACAAAUACUUAGAUUCAGCAGUCACUAUAUAGCGCAUGCAUAGCUCAAUAAAGAAAUGUAUAUCAGUAAAAUAAUAAUAAUAAUAAUAAUAAUAAUAAUAAUAAUAAUAAUAAUAAUAAUGAUGAUGAUGAUGAUGAUGAUGAUGUAAUGGUAAUAAAUAGUAACUUAUAUAACAACAAUUAAUAUUAAUAAUGAUGAUGAUGAUGUCAUUCUUUUGAAAUGCUUUACUGGUUCUAAAUUCGUUUUUAGUGCUGUUAAAUAUACACAUUUUAAGUUGUACUUAUAUAUAUGAAGCAGUAAAAUUUUUAUUUUACUUAGUUUUUGUUUUCUCUUUUUUUCAAAUUAGCAUACGUUAUCGUGCCAAAAACUAUGGACAAAUAAAAAUAAAAAAUGUAAAAAAUAUUUUAAAAAUAUAUGAAAAAUAUAAAAACGGGACGCACUUAACGACGCACUUAACAGUCAGAUGUUUAAUGCGUCUGUAUCCAGCGUCUUUAACCGCCCCGGGGGCCUGUUUCUCGAAAGUCCCGAUAAUUAACUGGCCCGUAAAGCUGUUGAUGAUUACAUGAAAGCUAGAGGUUUCAAUAGUUUUGCAUCUUACAUGAGAAAACUAUCAGUUAAUGAAACGAAAUGGACUAUUUUGCUAGCCAACCCGCGCUCUUAUUCUUUUUAUAUCGAUUUUUAAUAUUUGAUUUCGGGCUCGAAGGAUCGAAGAGUUAUCGGCACCUUGAAGAAACGGGCCCCAGGCCUCCCUGUCCCUCCCGACAGCUUGUCACGCAACGCAAAGAGAUAAACACCUUGAAAAGCCUCCUGAACGUUCAACAACGGAUUACAUAACCAAGCCUCUUGAUCAUGACCUCAUAAUGUUUAGUGUAUGCCUGUGAGGAUUUCAAGUACAGCUAUAGAAGAAAUUAAAAAGAUUUUUGUAGCGAAACAUCAAAGUCAAACCGGAAACGAAAACCGGCCACGGCGAAUCUUCCAUCUACGUUUUCUCAUGCAAGUACAGUGACAAUGUCCGGACUCGUCCGUUAUUUUGCUACUCAAAAAGUUCGACUUCUUCAAGGAUUAAGCGUGCUAGUUUUCUACUGGAUUUUGGUCUUUGGUACGUUAUUUGUGUUUGGAGCACUCAUAGUUUAUGUGGUAAUUAAUCGUUUGUUUAUCAUUUGGCCGCUCUGUGUCCUUUACUUGACGUGGGUAUAUUUUAUUGACCUUAAGACCUUUAGCCGAGGAGGUCGAAGAGCGGAGUUUAUUAGAAGCAAUCCAUUGUUUGAUUAUAUGAGAGAUUAUUUCCCAAUAAGUUUGGUCAAGACCACUCAGCUCGACCCGGCGAGAAACUACAUAUUUUGCUAUCAUCCACAUGGUGCUAUCCCAGAUGGUCUAGCUAUUGGCUUUGGAUCAGAAGCUUUGCAAUUCAGCAAGAAAUUCCCGGGAAUUGUCCCUUACAUUGGAGUGCAUUCAUGUAUGUAUGCAUAUUAGAACAAUAGGAGUAUGUACAUUAGUACAUAACAGCAACAACAGAAGUGAUCCCACUUCCUCAUACCCAGAUCGCACCCUGUCUUAUGCUGUUUGGCAGUGGAAGAUGUGGGUAUGAGAUUACCCACCUCAUCAGUGUAAGAUAAAUAUUUUUUACCUGAGCCCAAUCACGCAGGGUUGUCAAAAGUAGCCAGCUUCCCGCAAAAAUCGUCAACUACUUGGUUAGUAUCGGCCGGCUACUCUGCUUGGCAUUUCUUUACUAAUGUCAUUUCUUUAAAAUUAAACUUUCCCUGAACUGGCCGCUUACUUUGACAACUCAGCUGUCUACUUCAAAACUUUCUGACAACCCUGAUCACAACCAACAGUUUGACAGUUUCAGAAAAUUGAUAAAUUCCUUUCACUCUUUCUCUCUGCUAGGGGAGAAAGAUUGGAUGCUGUUAGAGUGAGGGGGGUAAUUUAAACAUUACUGAUACAAAUUACAUAAGUAUGUUGCAUUUUAAAACUUAUGAUUAUCAUCUGUCAUUGUCUUAAGGAAUAUGUAUAUAAUUAUAUUUUCAAAAUUUAAUUUGGGAUACAAAUUAUAAUUCCCAAUAUUAACCAAAGAUUAUACUUUAUGGACACCCGCUUAAUGCGUACACCUUAUUAUUACCGACAGUAUGCUUUUUCCCUGGGGAAAGAAAGCCCUCACACUUUCUCUAGAUUCAACCCACUUAAUACAGACACCCUGUUUAUAUGGCCGACACGUUCUAUGCCCCCCUUAGUGUCCGUAUUAACAGAGGUUGACUGUAUUUAGGUUCUCCCUAAAAAUUAUAUUGCCUCAUAAUCUGUUGGUCUGUAGGAGUACACGUUGGGGUGAAUGAUAUUAACUAAGAGUAAGACACAGUGGUCAUUUCUCACCUCACCUGAAGUGCCUUGAGUGCAAGUUAAUUAAAAAGUUAAUUAAGCACUUAUCUAUUUCUCUACCCCUGUGGAAACUGCGGAAUAGAGGUUUUGAGUAUUUUUUUACUUCCUUUCCACAGUUAUGGGUUGGUCUCCAAUCUUUCGUGAAAUUGUAAUGGGUCUUGGAGUAGUAAAUGUCAGUCGCGAAAGCUGCAAGUUUGUACUGACUCAACAGGGCCCUGGACAUUCAGUUGCCAUUGUUGUUGGAGGUGCCUCUGAAGUUCUUAACCUGUUUCCUGGCUCUUAUACUCUUACUUUGGAAAGACGAAAAGGCUUUAUCAAGCUGGCCUUGGAGACUGGGUAA